GUAUCUAAUCCAAGUAUCAAUAUUAUCAAGUAUGAGUAUAUAAAGCUUGUUUGGCAAGAUCUAUAGAUUCAAUCAGUACAGGCAAAAAGAGUGGGAGGGGCUCUUCAGCUAAAUUCACUUCCUGUCCUGCUUACAUAAAAUCUAUAAAUAGAUCUAGAUCUAUAUACCCUAUAUGUGUGUUUACUUUAUAUACCAAAAAAGGUGUUUAAUUUCAUGCUGCACAACAUGUAUAUAUUUAGCCAAUUGUACUAUGUUAGAAAUGAAUACGCAAUGAAUGGGUGGGCAUGUGACCAGGAAUCUGAUCUGUCCCUUAUGGAUAUGAAUAUACUGAAGUGAUUGUUUGUGCUUUUUGUUCAGUUCAACCAUUGGGAUGAUAAUGGCUUCAGCUCUGUUAUUAGGGCUCAUACUAGUCUGCACUGGGAUAACAGAUGGUGCUAUCACUAACUUUACAUGCACUGAUGUAAAUCACCAGGAAAUGGAAAUAAUGGUAGUAAUGGAGGAGGUGGAGGAUGGAGCACAGGAUACACUUUAGGAAUUAUUUUUGGAAUCAUUGGACCCAUUUUUGUGAUUACCAUAAUCAUCAUAAUCAUAUACUUCUUAUGCAAAAAGAGAAACCAAGCAAGAAGAAAUAACAAUUGAAUAAGCUUUAAUAAGUGUUGUUUUUGUUAUUGGUAGUAUUAUACAUCAACAUACUGGUUGAUGUACAUAAACAACUUGUUUAUGUACAUCAACCAGUAUGUUGAUGUAUAAUACUAGCAACACAACCUUAGAUAUAAACUCAAGUGAUUUAUUAGACAAUGCUAAUUUAUUAAUUAACAUUGUCUAAUUUAUUAGACCAUCUGCAAAAGUGAAUCACAAAUUAAUAAGAUCAUGCAUGAACUUGAUAAGCUAACCUGAAGUUGAUAAAAAACUGUAGUAGUAUCAAAAAGAGAAAAAAACAACUCCAUGGUAGCUAUAAUGACUUUAUAUUUGUAUGAUUUCCAACUAGCUUUUGGUGUAGCAGGAGCUGUUUUUAUACAUGCAGAUCAUAGGCUGACAAAGGUUAAAAUAACUUUCAUUCCAUUGACUGUUCUGAGCUAAAUAAAUUAUGAAAAAAUGCUGCCUCUUCCAGGUUUUAUCAGAUCUAAUGCUAGAUUUAGAUGAGAAAUGAGAAUUAAGAAUUGGAUCACAAAUUUUAAGAGCAAAAGGAGUGGGAGGGGCUCUUCAGCUAAAUUCACUUCCUGUCCUGCUUAUCUACACAGCCAAGAAUUAUCAUGUUCAAUUCAAUUGUGUGGAGUGAUAAUGGCUUCAGCUCUGCUAUUAGGACUUAUACUCUGCGCUGGGUUGACAAGUGGUGAUGUGACACACUUUCAAUGUACUAAUGGAAGUGUGUGUGCUGGAGGCAGAGUGGAGUGUAACUGUACAACAAGUACUGGAGCAAUAGACUGGACCAUCAGUUAUAGAGUACUAGGAUCCAGUAAUCAGAGCUGGACUACCUCAACAUUUAUGUUCAAUAAAGGUAGUAAUACUAAUAAUGAUACAGAAUAUGAAUACAAUUUCACUUAUGAUGAGAUAAAUAAUAGCUCAAAGCUGAACUUUUAUCUAAAUGCAUCUGAAAACAUUUUUAUUGUGUGCAAAAAUGGAAAUGUAAGUGAUAAUGAAUCUACAAUAAUAAGGGAUUCAGGUUAUUAUGCAAAAGCUCCAACAAACUUAACAACAACCUUCAAUGCAAAUGGAGUUACUUUACAAUGGGAGGACACUGGGAAUAACUGUACUUCUACUGUGUAUCAAGUGACUGUUAAUGGUACUUCAAACAGUGUAUUGACCUCCUAUAAUAAUAGCAAAACAACUUUACUCAUACAUUCAAGUGAACUAAACACAACAGAAACCUAUACAUACACUGUUAGAGGGUGGAAUGGACAGCAAAGUAACAUCAGUAAACCAUUCACACUUGGUAAUGAUGCAAUUACUUUUCAGUGUGAAUCACCACAAAAUAAUAAUGAUCUAGCCUUCAAUGUUACUAUUACUGCAAAUAGUACUACUGAUGAUUGCAGUGAUAGCUGUUGUACUAAUAUCACAAUUUCUAUACGACUGGUAUUGAACACAUCAGACCCACAGUAUGCAAAUCUAAGCUAUAAUAUAUCAUAUGAUUCCAUCACCGGUAUUGAAGAAUCAAUGGUAAAAAGUGAAGGAGAAUGGAACAAGUUUAUACAGCUGCCUCGUAAUGAAACACACUACUUUGAUUCCAGACAAGCAAAAAAUCAAUGUUCUGAACUUGGUAAUCCUACUUGCUCUAAUCCAAUGGAAAAUUCUGGAAAUAUAGGAAAUAUUGUAGCAAUCAUAUUAGGCAUAAUACUUUUUGUUUUUAUAGCAUUAGCUUUGAUGGCUUGCUGCCUUGUAAAGCAAAUAAGAGACAAGAUCAAAGAAACUAGUAGUUUCCAAUUUUUGAUGAGCCUCAUGAUAGGUACUGACACUCCACUUGUAUUAGUUGAAACUUUGGAAACCCUAGUCUCAUGGCAUUUUCGACUGUUUUUACUUGCUUGAUAUCAUCAAUGAUUGUCAUAAGUAUACUCAUAAACAUAAUCAUGUGUUUAGAAUUAUGCAGGAAUACACGAAUAUGUGAAGGAGAACAAAGAGAAGAAAUCAAUGAAGAUAGAGAACAUAG